CAGAGGACCAUAGCCAAGCAGAUUCAGAUGGUGAAGCAGAUUGGAAAAGGCCGCUAUGGAGAAGUCUGGAUGGGAAAGUGGCGCGGAGAAAAAGUAGCUGUGAAAGUGUUUUUUACCACUGAGGAGGCCAGCUGGUUCAGAGAAACAGAGAUCUACCAAACCGUCCUCAUGAGGCAUGAAAAUAUUCUCGGCUUCAUUGCUGCGGACAUUAAAGGCACGGGCUCUUGGACCCAGCUGUAUCUCAUCACGGACUACCACGAGAACGGCUCGCUCUACGACUACCUGAAGUCCACCACGCUGGACACCAAGGCCAUGCUGAAGCUGGCCUACUCCUCGGUGAGCGGCCUGUGCCACCUGCACACGGAGAUCUUCAGCACCCAGGGCAAGCCGGCCAUCGCCCACCGGGACCUCAAGAGCAAGAACAUCCUGGUCAAGAAGAACGGGACCUGCUGCAUAGCAGACCUGGGCUUGGCGGUUAAAUUCAUUAGUGACACCAACGAGGUCGACAUUCCUCCCAACACGCGUGUCGGGACGAAGCGCUACAUGCCCCCCGAGGUGCUGGACGAGAGCUUGAACAGAAACCACUUCCAGUCGUACAUCAUGGCCGACAUGUACAGCUUCGGGCUCAUCCUCUGGGAGAUAGCGAGGAGAUGCGUGUCGGGAGGAAUAGUGGAGGAAUACCAGCUGCCCUACCACGACCUCGUGCCCACCGACCCCUCGUACGAGGACAUGCGGGAGAUCGUCUGCAUCAAGCGCCUUCGCCCGUCCUUCCCCAACCGAUGGAGCAGCGAUGAGGUACCUACCACCCUAACUCUGUAUUGUAGGCGUGCAAGAUACAGGGGAUAA